AAAAAAACUUAUAAGUAACUAUAAAAAUAUUAAAGAAUUAUUCUUUUUCAAUACAACUAUGUAUGUAUAAGAACUCGAAUGUCUUUUCUAUAUGAAAAUAAAUUGAGCAUUUACACUAACUAGUGCAUAAAAUGAAAUAAUUUUCGAACAAUUUAUUAUGUAAGACGUAGUUCGCGAGCUAUUCCUGUCAAUAAAACGUUCAGAAACAAGUCAAAAUGACUACCGAAGCGUUGAAAAAUAUAAAAAGAAAUUAUUACAUAAAAGAACCGAGCGAUAUAGCGGACUUUAUACCCGAUGGCGGCGUUUUGAUGAACGAGGAUUUUUGGAAGCAUUGCAGAGACGUGAAAUUGGACGAUAUUCAAUCGGUGAGCGCACCGGAAUUGCGCGAAUGGUACCCUUUAGUGAACUCGUACUACCCCUAUGGAAGCGUAUCGGAUCACUUGGAAAGGGUGCAGCACCUGCUCGAUCUCAAGCCGCACACCAUGCCCUAUUUCAAAUCGGAGGAGGACGAGGAAGACGAAAGCGUGUUCCACUACAACGAAAUCGAAUCGCAAAUAGCUUAUUUGGAGUCGCAGCCUUUGUGUUUCCUGAUCCUAGGCAAACCCGGCAUGCACCAGGAGGAGCUGGGCAAAAAACUGGCCGAUGAGUGGCAAUGCGUUUACAUCGAACCGCAAACGCUCAUCGAGCAGGAAAUCGAAUGCCGGACCAGGACGGGCCAGUGCAUUGAAUUCAAUUUGAGGCUCGGUAGGUCCAUUGGGAUCGAUGUUAUAUUGAGGUUGAUCAAGAAAAGAGUUAAAUCCGAAUCCGCUAAACAUCGAGGAUACGUCAUUUGCGGUUUACCGUUGAUUCCAGCUUACUUUCACAAAUCCGAACCCAUAUCGUCCGAAUCUGCUGUAUUUACCGCUAAAGAUCUAAUCACAGAUAUAUUAGACGAUAAGAGGUUCAAAUUCGUUAAGAAGGCGGAGAAAGAGGAGGAGGAAAAAACUACCACAUAUUUUUUCGAAGAACCGACCAUACCAUUAGAUUUAGGCGACGAUUUAGACGUUUGCCAUCCGCCAGAAAUUAAUACCAAUUAUGACGGCCAAUUAGACUUCAUAUUCGAUCUCAUGCAUCAGCCGUUUAUGCUCAUCUACAUGCUAUGCGGUCCGCGAGAUUGCAUACUUAGGAGGAAAAAUUUGCUCUUCCACGUGUACACCAACACCGACAUCGAUUUGGUCAAAGAAAACACCAAUAAACUAUUGUACAAUUUCUACAUGCGCACUCCAGAAGUUUUCAGCGAAGUACCUUUAGAGGUGUUCGAAUCCUAUUUCCACGACGUGAUGUUAGAGAGCAGGAAUUUAAAGCAUUUAGUCGUACUACCGAGAAACUUUCCAGCUAAUAUCGAAAACCAAUUGGACUCCUACUACCACACGUUAAUCAAUUAUUUGGAAAAGAAAAUCAUGAUACACGAUCCUCAAUACUUCCUAAAAAUAGACGGUCGCACCAGCACGAGAAGAAUGCUCUACAUAAUCUUCAAUAGGCUCUCGAUCCUACCGAUAUAUCGCGUAGCCAUACCGCACCUCAUCGACCAGCACUUGGAAUAUCUAGCGUUGGACACGAACCAAGAUGAAACGCUAGAAGGGAAAGAUACGAUAAUAGAUGAAUCCGCAGAAGGCCAGACGCACGAAGAAGAGAAACAAAGCGCUUUCCCGGCACCCCCAGACAACAUGACUCGUUACGAAGCUGUGCGAAAUAUGGGCAUACUGGCCGAUCACUUCAAAUGGCACUGGUCUAAUUGGAAGAGGAUAUGCCCUGUUGCGUUGGAAGGAGGCCAAGUCAAAAGAGGUGAUCCGAAUUUCGCCGUAAACUUCAUGAACAAGAUCUUUUUUAUGUCCGACAAGGACGCGUAUUUGAAAUUUUACAGGAAUCCGAGGAACUAUUUAAAGGGCAUGACGCCCACCAAAGCAUGCAAGUUCUUUAUUAUGGGUCCAUCGGCGUCCGGUAAAACGGCGGUUUCUACUUGCUUAAGUUACAUAUUUGACGCAACUAUAAUAAGAACUGACUUGGUGGAUAAGGAUUUGUACGAAAGAACAGAAAAAGAAUUUUACGAAAACGUCAGAAUACAAGCAUUGGAAGAAGCUUUAAACAUACUAAACGAAAAACGAAGACAAGAAGCACAAGAAUUGGAAAACCAACGAGUCGAAAACAUCAAAACGUGGUUAACCGAAGUAAAAGAAUUAAUAGGAAUACUCAAGCAAUUGAUGAUUGAAAGGGAAAACGAAUUAAAGGGCGAAACCAAAUUCGAAUUGUCUUCUUUUCCCAUGGCGAUGGCGACGGUAAAAGUAACAGAUCUAGAAACCGAAGUUACUAUAGCCAUCAGACAAACCUUAGACGAAUUGACUAAUAAAAAUAUUCCACCCAAUGAACCUCAACAUUAUAUGAAAUUGCUACAUAACCAAAACAAAUUACUUUCUUAUCUACCUGCCCAAUGGAAGAAAAAGUUUGUGCCACAACCAGCUCUACCCGACGAUAGUUUUGUCAUUGAAUACGUGGAAAACGCAGUAUCCAAAGCCGUGUUCAAGGGAUUCGAGGAGGUCUUACUGGAAAACACCAUCAACAAAUUGGUGAAUUCCUUGCGGGAAGUCGAAGAAGAGGCGAAAGAGCUGGGCAAAAUACGCGGCUCGUGGAUAGUAGACGGAUUGCAAAACGAUCUGUCAAUCAUAAAAGGCGUAUGCGCGGCUUACACGCCGGACCACGUGAUCGUCCUGAAGGACAUCGACGAAUGCUAUUUCCUCAGGAAGCGGUACAAAAAGAGAGGCGCCAACCGGUUCAAGGACUACAGAGAAUUCUUCGCGAGCAUCGACAGAGCGGACGCCGCCCUGAAAUCGCCAUCGCAGGAAGAAUUCGACGUCGAUCUAGUCAUCAGGGACAUCAUGUCCGAGAUAUUCGACCAUCCUAAAUUAGACGGAAAGUUCAAAGGGAAACUGUUGAGAGACGAACGCUACCACCAAGAAUUGAUCAAAUUCAACGAGAAUUGGUACGAAAUCGCCGACUAUUUCGAACAAAACGCUAUCGAGCUCAUGGAAGUGCAGGUUACGAACAAAUCCAUACCGGAUCUGAUGAAGGAGGUGCUGAAGAGGAUCGACGAUUUCUACAAGCUGAUACCGAAUCCUUUGACCGAUCGAGAAAAAGAGGCGGAGAGAGUAAAAAUAGUUCAAAUGACUGUAACUAAUGAAACUAUCGAAGACGACGACGACGAAAUGACGACUAUACUAGAACCCCAAACGGAAAACGAGCCCGAAAUAAUCCGGCGUUACGGAGAUACAUAUCAUUUUUGUCCGGUUACUUUUGCAGAAUACUGGGUUUUAUGGAAAGGCAAAGAAGAAUUCGCAGUGAAAUACCAUGAUAACAUUUAUCUAUUGAGCACGCAAAAAAAUUACGAUAAAUUUCUUUUCUCUCCUGAUGAAUUCUUGCCGGGAAAACCGCCGGAAAAACUCCCGCCGCCCAGAAUAUGCAUCAUCGGCCUGCCUUACACCGGAAAGACCGCUUUGGCCAAAGCACUGGCGGACAAUUACGGCAUCGAGUACAUCAGUUACGAAAACAUGAUUAAACAUGAGUUCGGAUUGAAGGCGAACGAUACGUUCGAGCAAUUGAGGAGCCAGGUGUACGUCCCCAAACAUUUGAACGAUUACCUGACGGAAAACGCUCCGUUAUCGGAUAAUUUCUACGCCAAGAAAGUCGGCAGCCUCUGGUUCCACAAGCCCACGAGAGAGCUCGGUUUCGUCAUCGACGACUUUCCUAAACGACCCUGCGACAUCGACUUCAUGAUCGAAUUGAAACUCAUACCGGACAUAAUUAUCGAAGUGAAACAGAAUCACUACGAAUUGCAAAGGAGAAUGAUCAACGAUCGCUUGGACAAAUGGGAGAAGAACCUGUCGGAUUACGUGUCUCGGACGGAGAACGAAUUCAAAGAGCUGAUGAAGGAGUGGGAGGAGAACCUGCCGAAGAAGUUCGAGGCGAUGUUGGAGGAGAAACGCGAGGCCAGGUACGCGCAGAAGAUGAAAAAAGCCAAGAAAGCGGGCAAGUCGCAGUCGCAGGUUAGUUUCGAUUCUCUCGCCGAUCAAAGGGAUAUCGACGAGAUAAAUCGAACGCUGGAACAAACAAUGCCCACGUUCGUACCGGGACCCGUGGAAACCGUUAGCGAAAUGGAAAUUAAAUUAACCAGCGAUAUCCAAGAAUACUUGGAAAUGGAAUCUAAUUAUUUAUCGCUCACCAUAGACCAAAUUAACGAAGAAAAAUUACCUUACGAAACACUAGCUAUUGAUGUUACCGAUUACGAAAAGAACCUUCGGCAGAUUUACUGUUUAACCGAGGAGUAUAAGUACAGGAACAUUUCCCAUUUCGAAAGUUGCACGGACAUUAAUUUCGAACUGGCGGAAAAAUUUCUGGAAUACGGCUACUACUUUCUGAGCAAAUUCGGAAAAAUUUGCCCAGUGGGAUAUAACAAAAAAAAGAAUCCUCUAUUAAGGCACCCGGUGAUGAAGAAACACCACAACAUUUUCCCGGUAAUCCACCGAAACUACAUCUAUUUCAUCGACGGCGAGGAAAGCCUCACGCUGUUCAAGAACAACCCUCUUUACUACAUCGACAUCGACAAGGUAGAAUAUCCGAUAAUGCCAAUAAAAGUAGCCGUUACGGGUCCACCGAAAUGCGGCAAAACAACUUUGGCCAACAGAAUUUCGCAGGAAUACGAAAUGAAAACCAUAUCGCGCGGUAAAGCCAUCAGAUACGUACUCUGGUUCUUGCCCUUCUCCAAUCUAGCCGUCACCAUGGAGAGAGUGCUGAGAAAAGGCUGGGAGGUCACCGACGAAAUGGUCUCUAAAUGCGUCGAAGCCGCCAUUGUUAGCGCCCGGGGAAGUACCUACGGUAAUAUUUUCAAAUUCCUGACCAAAUAUAGACGACUUUAUCCAUCUCUAAUUUCAGGCGUUGUCUUCGACGGGUUUCCCAACACCAUCUCCGAAACCAGACACAUGUCCUACUACGGUUUGCUUCCGCAACUAGUCAUCGACAUUCAAGCGACCACCGAUCAGACUCUCGAGUGUUAUACGCGCGACGUCGGCCGACGCGGUUUCCCCAAAUACGGCGUCGAAUUCAUCAAGCAUUUGCGCUCCGAAUGGAAGACGUACGUCAACAAGUUCAAGUGCUGGUUCGACAGGGAAUACCAGCUGAUGUAUAAAAUAUCGAUCGAGCCGAGCAUGUGGUCGAUCUGGCAUCAGUCCAACGAGAUUAUCAAGAACGUGGCGGUCGAGAAUCGGUGUUACGUUGUGAAUUGUUACAAAAAUUGGCCGCUGCGAUUGUCCUACAUGCAAGUGACGCCUCUGGAAUUUAUGGAGAGGAAAAGCGCGUACGAUUCGUUUUGCCCUUGUUGCUAUCUUUUGGAUGAUGUUUUAACUACCGGCGGUUCGCCUCCGGAUAGGACCGGUUUGGUGCAAUGGAGAAACUAUUACUAUUGGAUAUGCAACAAACAUUUCGAUUGGUUUUUGAAGACGCCAGAUAAUUAUGUGCCGCCCUAUGGUAGACCACCGCCGGAACAUUUACCUACUGUGUUAACUAUAAGGAAUUCCCAGCCGAAGAAUCUCUUCGAAGACGGUUAUUGCGCUACUUGCUUUAGAGGAAAAACCACACUGGUCAAGGGCGUCAUUGAGUUGGCUAUUUAUUAUAACGACAAAACUUACUUGUUUGAUAGUCGCGAGUGUUUGGAGGAAUUCCUUAAACAUCCAAUGAAGUAUUGUUUCAACAUCAGUUUCAGGCCGCCCGAUAAUUACCCGACACUCGAAUACAAAGAGCUACCAGUGCUGGGUAUGUUAGAACAGUAUUUAGCUAAAGACGUUAUCAAAGCUGUGCAAUUUGUGUCCAGAAGGCGACCGGUAAUACCGGGACUAACUGUAAUGGUAUCGGCUGCGAUCGGUAUCGGUUUAUUUUUAAAAGUUAACAAUUCCAAACUGCCAUUGGAAUACGUACAAGAAUAUAAGCUAUCCCAAGACACGUAUUACGGAAGAAGGAAAAAACUAAUCGAUUAUUUGGCUAGAAUGAAGUCAGUAAUCAAUCCGUAUUUGCACUACGAGGAACCCUUACCCCCCUUCCGCUACAUUGCAUCCAGCAAAACGAGCUCUAUCAGCACUUACACGUACUUUUCGCAAGUCGUUAGCGAAUUGGUAGAUAAUGUCGUUAAAGACGAUGAAACAGAUAACGAAUAUAUCUUAGAUUGAUGUUCGUUUUGUGAUUGUUCACCGUUAUGUAAUAAUAAUGAUAUUAAAUUAAAAAAAUACUUAUUUUCAUUCGGAUCGAUGGUGCAG